UUGUACCUAUAUAGUAGGAUCUUUAUCAAUUAUUUCCUUUUCAGGUUUGGUCUCAAAUUUUCUUUCAGGCUUGGUCUCAACUCUCUUCGUUCGAAGCUUACAGGAGAAAGGAUUCAGAAGCUGCUCUCUAAGUUGAAAUACAAGCGGGUCACGGUCACAAUCCCGAAAAUGAAAUUUGAGACCAACUUCAAACUCAAAGAAGCGCUAAUGGCGAUGGGAGUGACGCAGAUGUUUUCUGGCAACGCUGAUUUGACUGGAAUAUCCAAGGCGCCUCCGCUCCACAUUUCGGACGCUGCUCACAGAGCUAUGAUUCGAGGAGGAACAACCGCGGCGGCCGCCACAGUUUUCUCUUGGACUAAAGUUAUGAUGAUCAUUAGACCAAAACCAGUGGAAUUCCGAGCUGAUCAUCCAUUUUUGUUCAUCCUUACAAAAGAUAACAAUCCUUUGUUCAUGGGUCAAUUUGUGUGA